GUCAACCCUCGCCGUGAUGGCUGCCACGGCCCUCAAGCGCCGCAUCGCCGAUACAAGCAAGCUCUUCCUCGACGCUACCGGCAUGUCGGCCGUCGUAUAUAAAAAGACAUACGGCAGCGCCGACUACCAGCGCCGCGUCCACAGCCUUUUGCAGAAGACCCUCGCUACCAAUGCCCAGGACGCCAUCAUCGUCACCUCCUGGGUGGACCGCAGUGCCCUUGCCCUUCUCCAGGAGUUUGCCGCCACCCACCCCGUCAUUCAUAUCGUCAGGGAUUCCGCCGCCAUAAAGAAAUACCUACGCGUGGCCGACAAUGUCAAGCUCGACGAUAUCCUCCAGUACUCUGCGAGAGCCUUCCGCGCAGUUAUGAACCAUGAGUUUUUCAAUGUGUCGGAGGAUCUAUCGCAGCACCAGGAGCCGACCGACGCCGCGCCUGAUGUUAAAGCCCCAGCUCCAUACCUUACACUCAAGCGUGCAGAGCGGCAUUUUCUCAAGUUUCUAUCCCUGCUCAUGCCCAAGGGCUCAAUCCCUUUCUUCGAGUCUGCAUUCCCGCUCGCGCAGGUGCCGCUUGAGGCUCGCAAGACGACAUUUGUGCUACCUCUGCGGCUCUCACAGCUCGUAGCAGAGGAUCUCGACAUUGAAGCACUGGAAGGGGGCGCUGACGCCAUUGAGAUCGUUGUUGAUGAUUUGUACGAGGGCGCUAUGUCAAGCGGAGGCAGCACACCAGAAACGGGUGCCCUGUCUAAACAGCGGACCCAUCUCGCUCCCGAGCGAGCCUCCCAGAUUAGCAGUGCACUGGCUCGCAUUCGGAGAAGCACGGUGAUACCAAUCAUAUACCACGUCUCGUGGCCCGCUGUAUCGUUGACUACCACCAUCUCGACUGAACAAGUCAUGACUUAUCUUGAACAUUUCCAGCACGGUCUCAAGCUCUGCCCGGAAUACAUCACCGUCGACAUCAGGCUGGAAUCAACGCUCUUGUCGCACCUGGUCGCCCUCAGGGGACACUCGAAAGUAAUUGGUGUAGCUCACAUUGCAGACCACACGCCCCCGGCAUGGGAAGAUCCCGUCUGGAUAUCCUUUUACCAGAAAGCACACGCUGUGGGUUGUGACGUGGUCAGACUUACACGGCCAGCAGUGGAUUUCGAGGACAAUUUCGAGGUGGCCAAGUUGCGACACACCAUAGAAGCACUGCCAGGGAUCUCCAAACCUCUCCUUUCAGCUUACAACACCGGCAUACGUGGUCGUCACUCCGCUGUGUUCAAUCCACUGCUAUCGCCAGUCCGGCCAACUUCAUCUGUCCUUGAAUCGAGCGAAAGCAUGAUGACGACUUGCCCAUCACCGACAAUCACAGUCCAGCAGGCCAAUCACGCCCUGUCGACAUCCUUUGUCCACGAUGCCCUGAAGCUGUAUGUCGUGGGAGCACGUGUCAGUUACAGUUUGUCACCUGCCAUGCACAUGACGGCGUUCAAGGCUUGUGGGCUGAGUCAUACAUAUGUGCCGUACUCGACCACAUCCCUCAGCACUCUGAGCAGUCUUGUACACGACCCAAUGUUUGCAGGGUCGUCGAUCGGAUUACCUUUCAAGGUUGAGGUCAUCAGUCUCACGCACUCUCUCAGCAGUCAUGCGCGGGCCAUUGGGGCAGUCAACACUGUGAUUCCCAUACGGCGACUAAACCCAGACGGUAGCGUGCCCGACGACAUGGCCAUGUUCUUCAACUCGUGCAACCGCUCCGGUCCUGUCCUCGCGCUGUAUGGCGAAAAUACUGAUUGGGUUGGCAUUCGUGCCGUCAUUCGCCGUGGCCUGUCACCAGCCAACGCGGUACGCCCGGGCACGUCUGGGCUUGUCAUCGGUGCCGGCGGCAUGGCUCGCGCUGCUGUGUAUUCGAUGCUGCAACUCGGUGUGACCAAUAUUGCCAUAUUCAACCGCACACGGGCCCGUGCCGAGAAGCUCGUGACACAUUUUACUACAUUAAUAGCUCGCAACGAUCUGCCACUCUUGACCAAGCGAUCCGAGGACGAGCGGCACCGCGAGACCCGUUUCCAUAUUCUAGCAACGAAAGAGGACCCUUGGCCGGAGGAUAAGUUCCGGCACCCGACCAUGAUUGUGUCGUGCAUCCCAACACAUAGCCUCGUCGAGGGCGGAGGGGGGCCGUCGCCCAACUUCACACUGCCAGAGAGCUGGCUUCAGAGCCCUACGGGAGGCGUGGUCAUUGAAUAUGCCUACAAGGACGUCAACACGCCGCUCUUACAGCAGGUUCGGGCGGCCGCAGAUCGCGGAUGGGUGGCCAUGGAUGGCCUAGACCUGCUGCCAGAGCAGGGAUUUGCACAGUUCGAGCUCUUUACGGGCAGACGGGCACCUCGACGCUUGAUGAGGGAGGAAGUAUUCAGAGCAUACCCGGGCGAGUCUGAUGGUCGUUUUCCAGAACAACUCAAGCCUCGUCUGAACCAGGUCAUAGAUCAAGGCCUGUGAUGACAUUGGGCGGGCAUGCACACCCAUACGGAGAGCUUUGAUAUCUACAACAUGCUUGAUACCCUUUCUUUUA